AUGGUCCUGGAGACGCCUCAAAAUGUUACCAGAGUGGAAGUUCAGGCACAGACCCAUCGCCAUGACAUCGAGUACGGUCGAAAAGCCCUGGUGGCCCCGAAGUAUCUGGGAACGACGGCCGAUCAACGCGACAUGAGCGAUCUAGGCCGAGUGCAGGUCCUGCGAGUGAGCUCGUCCGUCUCAUCAAAUAUCCCCGAAUAA